UCAGGUCGCAUCGGUUCCACACCGGACAAGGGCGUCCCCGAUAUGACCUGCAUAUCGGACAUUGACGAGAACGGCAUCAACCGCAACCUGAAAGUGCGCUACGAGCGGGACCAAAUUUAUACGUACACCGGAUCGAUACUGAUCGCCGUCAACCCGUACAAAGAGAUCGACUGCUACACUCAGGAAUAUGUUGCCAAAUAUCAUGGCCAGAAGCUGGGCCUGCUGGAACCGCACGUUUUCGCGAUGGCGGAAGCCGCCUAUCGGAACAUACGCGACAACAACACGAACCAAUCGUGUGUCAUAUCCGGCGAAUCCGGUGCCGGCAAGACGGAAACAACCAAAUUCAUCCUGCAGUACCUGUGCUCGGUUACGUGCGACGUAUCGACCUGGGUGCAGCAACAGAUCCUGGAGGCGAACACCAUCCUGGAAGCGUUCGGCAAUGCGAAAACCAUCCGCAACGACAACAGUUCCCGGUUCGGCAAGUUCAUGCAGGUGUGCUUCGACGCGAAAUGGUGCAUCAAGGGUUGCAUCAUACAGGACUACCUGCUCGAGCAGUCGCGCAUCACCUUCCAGAGCCCGGGCGAGCGGAACUAUCACGUCCUGUACCAGCUGGUCGCGGAGGGCACAACGAACAAAGAGCUGGCGGCCGCGCUCCAUCUGCGCGAUGCGUCCUUCUACCGAUAUCUGAACGCGUCCGGUGGGACCGGUGAGGCCGGCACCGACCAAUCCGCGCUGGAGAUUGCCACCGAGUCGAAGCGGUUCGAGGCGUUGCGAUUGGCGUUCAACGUGCUGCAGAUCUCCCAGCCACUGAUCGACGGUAUAUUUCGCGUGCUGAGUGCCAUAAUGUGGUUGGGCAAUCUGAACUUUGCCGACGUCGACGGGGAACGGUGCGAGCUGGCACCGGAGGACGAUGAGAUAGCGAAGAUCGUCGCGCAGCUGCUGGGACUGCAGGAGGCCGAUCUGGUGCAGGUGUUGCUGAAGCGGCAGAUUAAUGUGCGCGGCAACAUUACCGAGAUACCGCUGAAGCUGCAGGAGGCGGGCGAAAAUCGGCACGCGAUGGCGAAGGCCCUCUACUCCCGCACCUUCGCCUGGUUAAUUAGCCAUAUCAACACGUGCAUCAACCCGGGCCAGGAUGCGUCCCGGUUUUUGGGCGUGUUGGACAUCUUCGGGUUUGAGAACUUCAACACCAACUCGUUCGAGCAGCUGUGCAUCAACUACACGAACGAGAAGCUGCACAAAUUCUUCAACCACUACGUGUUUGCGCUGGAACAAGAGAUUUAUCGCCAAGAGGAGAUUCGGUUCUCCCACAUCCAGUUCACCGAUAACACGCAAUGUCUAGAGCUGAUCGAGAAGCCGCCACGCUGCAUCCUCAAGCUGCUGACAGAACAGUGCCAUAUGCCAAAGGGGUCAGACACAGCGUAUCUCACCAAUCUGCACAGCGAGUUCGAAUCGAACGGUAGCUACGUGAAGGGACAAGAUCGACGCCACUGGGAGUCGGAGUUUGGUAUUCGCCACUACGCCGGAUGCGUCAGUUACACCGUCAAGGGAUUCGUCGAUAAGAACCGUGACGUGCAGCAGGACGUCCUGUUCGAUCACAUGAGUCGGAGCAUGAAUACGUUCGUGCAGGAGAUCGCCUCCUUCCAGGAUCUGCUUUCGAUACAGCACGUCCAAUCGGCAUCGUCGGCGACGAGCACCGUGUCGCGCGGAACGUCCAAGGGAAAGCUAACCGUCAGCGACACCUUCCGGCAGCAGUUGCAAGCGCUGGUGGAUGUCCUGCAGAGCACAAACCCCUGGUACGUGCGCUGCAUUAAGCCAAACUGCGACAAACUGCCGAACGAUUACGACGACCAGCUCGUGCUGGAUCAGCUGCGUUAUCUCGGCAUGCUGGACAUCAUACGCAUACGGCGCGAAGGCUUCCCGGUGCAUCUGACGUUCGAUGAUUUCGUGCAAAAGUACCAAUGCCUGACGAAGCGGUUCCGCAACAUGUCCAGCCAGGAUCAGGCGUUGGCCGUCAUACGCGAGCUGAACGUUCCGCCAACCGAGUGGCAGAUGGGCCGCACCAAGGUGUUCCUGCGCAGUGUCGUGCACGAACCGCUCGAGGAUGCCCGGAAGCAGGUGAUCAACUCGAAGGCACUGCUCAUACAGCGAAAUUGGAAGCGGUACAGCCAGCAGCGUCAGUACAGACGGAUUCGCACGGCCGCGUUGAAGAUACAGCACGCGUACAAGGGCUGGAAGCUGCGGAUCGAGUUCCUGAAGAAGCGUCGCGCUGCCAUCGUCAUCCAGAGCCAUCUGCGGGGUGUGUUUGCGCGCGAGGUCGCGACGGCACUGCGCGAGAUGCGCCGGGUCGACGAGGAGAUGCGCAAACGGGAACGGCUGGAAGCGGAACGUCGGGAACGGGAAGCGGCCCAGGCGGAAGCGGAUCGAAAGGCACUGGAGGAAAGCGAAAGGGUUGCGAAAGAAGAAAUUCUUGCUUUGUCGCAAAUGGCUGAGCAGAUAAACUCGAAACUGCACUCACAACAGCAUGCCGCAAACAAUAACAGUCGCCUAGCGCAAGGCUCACUACUGCAGCAGAACGGACCGGCCGGGUGUGAUAGCAAGGGGUCCGGGUCCCUGCAGCCGGGCGGUGCCAAGGGGGCCGGGUCCGCCAGCCUGCAGAGCAACGAUUCGGUUGAUCUGGACAAUUUGUUUGCCUUUCUCAGCGAGGUACAGCCGAACGCGAACUCGAACGCCAUCAUCGACGAGAUCGGCGAGAAGAUGGACAAUCUGGUGGAAGAUCUCGACGUGGAGCUGGAAUCGGUCAUACAGCAGGAGAUUGAAGGGUUGACGAGCGAACGCAACAACAAUGUUGCGGCUGCAUCCACACUAAAGGGUGGUCCAUUAGUGAAUGGCACCAACAAUGGAAUUAGCAACAACAAUAACAAUACUAUCAAUAACAAUAAGCCGACCACACCGAAACCGAUGGGCGGCAUCCCGUCGCUGCCAGAACCGACAAUGCCACCGCCGCCGCCACCGAUCGAAAACAACAACCAUACACUGCCGGCCGCUCAGCCACACCAUCCCGCCACACUGCAUCACAUCCGACGCCACGAGGAACCGAUCUAUGAGGCCGUUAUACACCUGAAGGAGCUUCCACCGCCACCACUGGAUGCGCACGAAAAGGUGCCACCGAUUCCGCAACAUCAACCGUCGCAGGUGCCGGUCGCUCCAUCACAGCACCAUCCAACGGUCGCGCCUCCACCGCCGGUACAUGCCCAUCAGCAACCGGUACCUCCGCCCCAUGCCCACCAGGCACCAACGCAUCAUCCUCCGCCCCAACCGGGCGCGACCCAUCCGACCCAACCGGAUGCACCACCACAGCCACCGCCCCACGCACACGCCGCACCUAGUCACGCGUACGUUCACCUCGAGAAUGGUACCGCUGGCCACAAGCUGCGCCCGAAGAGUCCGGCCGUCAUACGAUCGGCCAGUCCGAUCCAGCGUACCGGCCCGAACGGACCGAUGAGUCCGUCUUCGCCCAAGCACAGCCGGCCCAGCUCGCGAGCCUCCUCGACGGGCGGUGGUCAUCCGUUCGCGGAGCGGGAACAGCGCCGCAAGUAUCGCGUAGAGAAGAAGCUCCAGGAAAUGCAACAGAUGGAUAUAACUGAGCGCGAGAAGGAACUGCUGCGGGAUGACGUGUACUACGACAUUCUGGAGUUUGCCGAAAGCUUCUACAACACGCAUGAACGAUCGCCGGAAGGUACGAUCAUGGCGACAUUAACCCGCAAAGGCCGCAAAUCUGUCGACAUGGUGCCAAAGUACGAGAUGAUCACGUACUACCGCGGUACGACCAUCCCGUCUUCCCACAUACACAUGUACGAUCCGGAAAAUGUUACGAUUGCUUGUAACAUUUUCCGCGACCUGUGCAAGUACAUCCGGGGCGAGCUGAACAGCGAGCGGGAGCUGCAGGUGAUCCAGUUCAUCAUCGGGCAGGGCAUCGAGCGGGAAGAGCUGAGGGACGAAAUCUUCGUGCAGUGCAUGCGGCAGGCCACAAACAACCCGAGCGUCGACUGGACCGACCGCGUCUGGUUGCUGUUGUGUCUCACGAUCGUCGCCUUCCAGCCGAGCAAACUGCUCUUCCGGUACUUCGUAAGCUUCCUGAAGAAGAACCUCGAAUCGCUCGAAGGCAAACUGCGCCAGUACGUGCAGUGGUGUUUGGAUAAUUGUAAAAACACCAAGGUCCGCUGUCGCCAGUAUCCACCGUCGAGCGUGGAAGUUGCGGCAAUGCGACGGCUUGGCACGAUUGUGUGCCGGUUCUUUUUCCUCGAUGGCCGCACCAAAGCGAUCGAUGUACAUCCGACCGAUACGGCAAGCGAUGCCGUGGCCAAGCUGGCGGAAAAGCUUGGACUGUGCAAUAUCGAGGGCUGGGCGAUCUAUCAAUCGCGCCCGGACGGUGAGGAGCACGUCAAGUCGCACGACUAUCUGUACGACAUUAUUGCCGCCUGGGAAGCCAAGCAGACGAAGAUCCACGCGUCCAGCUCCACGCUGCGCAAGAACGCAACCACGCUGGGUUCGGGCGAGAAUCGGUUCGUGUUCAAGAAGCGUUUGUUCAAGAGCACGCGGGAACUCUCGCAGGAUCCGGUGGAGGUGAACAUGCUGUACGCACAGGCCGUGUACAGUGUCGUGAAGUGCGAUGAUUUCCCGGUAUCGGAGAAGGUUGCGCUGCAGCUGGCCGGCUUGCAGGCCCAGGUUGCUCUCGGCGAUCCGUCGAACCAACCGAAACCGGAGUACUAUUCGGACGUGCCGAGCUAUCUGCCGGAGCGCAUCUCGAAAACCCGUGAGGAACAGUUCUGGGUGCCGAUACUGGCCCAAGCUCAUCGACAGUACGGUUCAGGACGCACGGAGCUAACGGCGAAGGUGCUGUACCUGUCGUGUGUCAUGCAGUACCCACUGUACGGCACGACGAUGUUCGCCGUGUCCUACCGUGGCUAUUGGAGCUAUGGCAACAGUCUGAUACUCGGCGUCAACUGUGAGGGCAUCAUACUGAUCAAGCCGGACGACAAGUUCGUCCUGUACGAGUUCCGCUACGCCGAGGUGGAAUCGAUCAUGCUCGAUCCGAGCGACAGCUUCAUCACGAUCAGUCUGAACCGGCACACGAGCACCAGCACCGACCAGCAACGGUGCUUCGUGUUUGAGACGGCCCAGAAGAACGAAAUCGGUUCGCUGAUCGUGUCGUACUAUCCGGCCCUCUCGAACUGGAUCACGGAGAACGAGGUACCGCCGAAGAAGAGCAAAGGCAUCACCAACGAGGAUCGCGUCCGGCUGCACCACAAUUUGGUCGUCUGUCGGCGACACCUGGUCGAUGCGGAGAUACUGCGCAAACCGCAGGACCCUAGCGGGGGCUUCCUGCGCAACACGUUGCGCCGGCUGUCGAAGCAUCGGCUGGAGAAGUUGCGCGCCGAACAUGGCAGCCCGGUGCACGAUCAUGGCGAAACGUACAAGGGUUUCCCGCACGCUUACUGGGCCUUCAGCCGCCAGGCGUUGCCCCAAAGCCUUAGCAAGCUGCCCGAUCAGGAGGAGCAGGCUAUGUUGCAGGUGUUCAAUUCGAUUCUAACCUACGCCGGGCUCGGGCAAAACGGCGAAACAGUUCAGCGCGCAGAGGACGAACACAUUACGCUCAUACAGUCGAUCAUGGAUCGUUGCAUGCGCAAGGAGUCGCUGUUGAACGAACUGUAUCUGCAGCUGAUCAAGCAGACGACCGACCAUCCCGAUCCUAAUUCACGCGUAAAUCUGCGCCACUGGGCGCUACUAUCACUCGCCUGUAGCGUCAUCCUGCCGCCCCAGAAGGUGGUGCGCAAGUAUCUGCUAGGACAUCUGAAACGUUGCGCUAGCGAUUUCAUCACCGAGGAGGGCAAGUAUGCACGCUUUGCGGAGAAAUGUUUCUUCAAAACACAGGGCACCCGGCGCCGCCAGUGGCCACCGUCGCGGGAGGAGAUCAUCUGCACGAUCAACCGGCGGCCGAUCUACGCGCGGUUCCACUUUAUGGACGGACAGUAUCAUUCGGUCGAGUUCCACCCAAGCUCGACUUCUCGAGAGGUGAUGGAAAUCGUGAAGAAGAAGAUCGGACUUCAGGAAAAUGCACUCGGGUACGCUAUCUACGAAGUGCUGGGUGCAUCGGAACGGAGCUUACUGCCGGACGAAAAGGUUGCUGACGUCAUGUCGAAAUGGGAAAAGUAUCGUACCGCGGCCGCCCAGGCGGUGCAGCAAAAUCAGAGCUCCAACUUACCGCCCGCCUGCCGCCGGCAGCAUCAUCUGUUUCUGUUCAAGAAGCAUCUGUUCUGCGAUCAGUACAUGAACCUGGACGAUCCCGUCGAAAAGGAAUUGCUCUAUCACCAGGUGCUACACGGUUUGCGUACCGAACGUUUUCCCAUCACCGAAAUGGAGGCUAUUAUGUUAACUGCUCUACAAGGACAACUUGAGCUCGGUGACAGUUCGGACAUUGUGCAGGAUUAUCGGCCCAUUGCUGCCCACUGUCUGCCGCCCCGCUUCGUACCGAACAUCCCGCGCGACAGUGUGGCCAUGCAUCAUCAGAGUUUGCGCGGCACAACACCGGCAGAGGCGAAGAAAUCCUUUUUGAAUCUCAUCCAAAGCUGGCCCCUCCAUAAGGCCACCAUCUUCGACGUGAUGCAAUCGUUCACCUCCAACUGGCCAAGGAUGCUCUGGUUGGCGGUGGACCAGAAGGGAUUGCACCUGCUCGAACACCGGUCACGCAACACGCUCUGCACGUACGACUAUCAGUCGAUACUGUCCUUCUCGCCCAACAUGAACUGUCUCAUGAUCAUCACCGGUUCGGAUAAGAAGCAGUCGAAGGUUAUCCUUACCACGGCACAGGCCUUCCAGAUUGCAAACCUUAUACGCGAAUACAUGGAAGUGCUUCAGCGACAGCAGCAAACGCACGUGGAUGACACGCAAAAGGAAAACCAAUCCUCCGGCGCUAACCAACCGCCACCUGCCCCACAAGUGCCACCGCACAACCAACCACUUCCGCCACCCCAUCAGCAUCUUCCGGUUCAGCAGCAAGGUGUUGGAGGUACUGUCGGGACCGGGGCGGAUCUACGUAAGGGUGGCCAACGACCACCAUCGAUGCUGUUGCGUCAGUCCAGUGCCGCACUGGUGGCACCGCAGCCCAGCUAAAUCACCCCGACUGACGUGUCAUCCAUUGAGAGGCACUAAGAGGAAGAGCGGUCGGUAUUCGUUAUUUGGCAGCGAGAAAAUCAAAGACGAUCAAUCGUAAUCAAAACUGUUUGUAAGCGUACGUUGCGUAACACACAUUUCCUCCCUGAUAGAAGCAUCUCGACGUCGUUCGCGACUAUUUAGUAACCCCGUACGCUAAAGCCUAGUCCACAUUCGUGCUGGUAGAGAAGGAAGGAGGAUCAAGUUGGGAAGUUUUUCGUAUACCUCUUUUUAGAAUUCCUACAAUCCGUUGCUGCUGGGUAUAGAAUGAUGGCAAUUAAACCAAAAACCGACAAAAAAUCAUAUUUAACACAGAAUCGUUGCUUAUUGUUAAUGAAAUAGCCAGUGGCUAACACGGGGAGUGUUAGCCAACCCUUCGCAAUGGAUACAAGGGGGGUAAGAUGUUUAGGAAAUUCUCUAGUGCGUUGCGCGUUGUUUAGUUUAGGGCUCGAUACAUUACAUCUCACCCAGCCGAGGAGCGUUUAUCCUUUUCUUAAGUACUUCCUCUAAGAACUUUACAUCCCAUCUGCAACCCGGGGAGAUGCAAUUCUGUGGCGGGUUUUUAGUAGGGACUUCAACGGCAUGUUGUCCAGGUAGUAGUAUCGUUUUCUUAUCCUGUACGUGUAGUAUGUAAUUACUUUUGUGAUGUAGGCUUACUUUAGUGUAUUGUAUAGACUUUUUUCUUCAUCAUCCUUUUUCAUGAUGGGUAUCGUUUCUCUCCAAUUCUUGCCGUAUCCUUGCCGUUCCUCCCUCCGCGGGAGGAAUUGCGUGUGCGUGUGAGUGGGAGAAAACCAUGCCAAACAGAAAACUGUGGGACUCAGGCCAUUAUUUACAGAUAUGUAUGUGUUCUCUCUUCCUUUCGUUUCCACGCUAUCAAACACGUCGUUCGUUUUUGCUGAAUUACUGAAGUACUAUUUAUUGUUGUCUGAUGCCUUUUAGAACCUCUCACACUAGAUGCACCAUCAACCAAUGCAAAAAAAAACGUUCCGAGUCCGUUGUGCUCGUGCUUAAGGAGACACGUUUUAGUGCUGUAAGACGUUAGACGAUUAAGCGUGCACGAGUCGGAAGCUAUUUAAUCUACCUUUAUUUAUAUACAAAACCACCAACGAGCAUUAGUUUGCUUUCCCCUUUUUAAGGCAUUUGCUACAAAUUUAUUGGUGCGUUUUAAGUCGUUUUUUUAAAGUAGUUUAUUGAAAACGCUCCACUAUUUUAACAGCGAAACAGUGUUCGCGAUCUUAAACUCGAUCUUCUCGAAGCCUCUCCCCUUCACUCGAUUGCCAUCUCUUUGGCCAUUAAGACAGAGCGAUACCCUUUAUCUCCGCACCACCAAAUGCGUAUAACAGUAGCUAAGGUAAAUUGUGUACAAAACAGAGUGAAAACAAAGAGAAAACUAACAAAAAAGGUAGUCAAAAAGCAAAAAUCUUAAGGUGUGUGUGCGUGUGCCGUGUAGGCGCGCGAGUGUGAAACUGUUAUUAACAAAUUUUGUAGUGCAACGUUCAAGCAAGGCUCUAAAUAGACAUUACACAGGAAGCCUACCGUUUGCAAAGUACGGCCAAAUAUUGGAGACGCUAUUGGAGGACUAACAGUAGCAUUAGUGCAUUUACGAAGUUUGCACCGAAACGAAGUUGUGGAUCACUUCAUCGCGAAGGACUCACAUGCCGCAACUGUGUAAGAGCUGUAGAAGGUAGUGGCGAACGUAAAGGAAAAAAGGGUUUUGUGUUGAAAGUUAAAUACUGCGGUGCACUAAUGAUACGAUGUGAAGCACAAAUAAUCUAUCGACUAGUCAGGGAGGGUAGUACGACUGAUUUUCCUUUACGUAUAUACUCUACACUUUUUUAUUGGUACAUCGAUUUAAGCAAAAGGAUCGCCAAGACCACGACAUCGGGUCCUAGCGAAACUAGGACACGCCGAAUCGAACGAAAUCGAUUCCUUUUCUGUGAAUGGAAAGUCGUUCUUCUAAACGUUGCAAUAUUUUAGUAUCAAGUUUUUUAAGUAAGCUCUUUUGCUAUCCUCUAACUUUGCAACUCUGCAUCCAACACAACAAAACAAUAGGAAACAUACAUUUGCUAUAUACCUUUUCUCAUUUCUUUUAAGGAUAUUGAUUUUGAUUUAGGAAAUAUUUAAAAAAAAACGAUUGCAGCUACAUUUGCAUUCUUACGUACGAAACAAAGAGUGCCACGUUGAGAUAUUAAACCAUACGAUAUCAAGUAAACACAACCCCGGGAUUCAGCCGGUACAUGCCGGUACGGAUCGCGUAUAUAAUGUUAUCCAAUCCAUUAAAACUGAAAUAAAAUAUAUUGGUAAUCGUUCCGCAUGCAAAC